AUGUUGGAACAAGCGGGAAUCAAGUCAUCUAGGGAACAGAUCCUCUACAAUGCUAUUCUCAAUACGCUGUCAUAUUUGUGUGCGACCAUUGCAGCGUUAUUCAUCGCUGGACGCAUUGACCGAAGGAUGAUCUUCAUAACGGCAUCGCUUCUCUUCUGCCUCGAGUUCAUCAUCAUCACAGUGCUGACGGUGAAUUGUUCGAAAUCACAGUAUUUCGACCAUCCGAAAAUCAAUGCCUCGAAAGCCACCGUGGUAUUCAUCUUCUUGUUCGGUCUACCGUAUUCGUUAACAUUUACUCCUCUGCACCCCAUAUAUCCGGUGGAGUGCUUCUCGUUUGAAACUCGAGUAAAGAGAACAGGGUUCUAUCCCAUUAUGGAUAGUAUUCCCAGAUUCUUUAGCACCUAUAUAACUCCGAUCGGUCCCAGACGUGCUCAUUGGAAAUUCUACCUCCUCUAUAUCAUUCGGGAUGCCCUGAUCCCCAUCGUCAUCUACCUUUUUGCUGUAGAGACUCACGGGAGAACUCUUGAGGAACAUACAGAGAUUUUCAGAGUUAACAAGGAUUACAACCCCAAAUCCUCGAAAGACUUUUACACAGAGGGAGCAGGUCAUCGUGUUGGAGGGGACACAGGAGGAGUAAGCAAGAUCAUCGUAGGAGAAGAUGAAGAGGCUGAGUCCCGGCAUGAGUUUGUAAAAAGCGUACAGGUUGAGGGAAGAAAGUAUGGCACCAUUCAAGCCCAGGAAUCUCUGGCGUUCGUUCAUAAGUGUUCGGUGACUCCCUGCUACCAAUAUGUCCCGCCAAAGCAGAUAUUUGAAAUGAAAGGCAGUCGACUCGUCGCCAUCUUUGCGAUGGCUGUGAAUUCGCAGACAGUCUGCGAUUUCACGAUAUGUGCUGCUCAGGACAAGCGUUUCACAGGGAUCUCCGCUAUUAUCAAAACCCCCUCUUAG